AUGGAUAAUUUUGACGGACUUGAUGAACCUGUGAUAUCUUCCUCAGGGCGUAAAAGGAAAAGAAAAGCUGAAACCUUUUCACAGAACAUUGCUAAAGCAGCAUGUUACAGUGGUUUACUGUGUGAAGCUGGAGACCAGACGGUCACACUGCAGGAAGUGGAAGGAACCACUAUAACUCUCCAUACUGGGAUAACUGGAAUUCAGAGUGAUGCUCAGGUUCUGUGGUUUUAUGGACCUGAGAAAGCAGAGGAAAAGAUAUUGAACAGUCAGGUGUUUAAAGGAGAAACUGUUACAGAAAUCAGUGAGAGAUUUAAAGAGAGACUGCAGCUGGACAGAAUCAGUGGAGCUUUAACCAUCAGGAACAUCAGCAGAAACGAUUCUGGAGUUUAUUUAUUACAAGUUCUUACUGGAUGUUUUUCAUCUAGGACUUUCAGUGUCAGUGUUUAUGCUCCAGUAUCAGCUCCAGUAAUAAGAAAUCAAAGAGGAAACCGAAGUGUGUUUUCCACAGAGCCGUGUUUCCUCCUGUGCUCUGUGGAGAAUGGAGAAGAUGUGAAUUUAUCCUGGUACAGAGAGAAUGAGAGAAUCUCCACCACCAAUAACACAGAUCUCAGUGUUCCCCUCAAUCUCUCACUUCAAAUACAACACCAUGACAAGAACACUAACACUUACAUCUGUGUGUCUGCAAACCCUGUCAGCUAUAAAACAACUUCUCUCAGCAUCACACAGCUCUGUUAUCACAACUCAGGUACGUCAAGACCCCAGAGUCAAAGACGAGUCCCAGGAGAGUCAGAGACUUACAGAAGAGUCACACAGGAGAGUCACAGACACAUCAGAGAGGAGUCACAGAGGAGACUAAAGGAGUCAGAGCAGAGUCAGUCACAGAGCAGUCAUAACAGAGUCACAGAGGAGACUAAAGGAGUCACAGCAGAUUCAGAGUCACAGAGGAGACUAAAGGAGUCAGAGCAGAGUCAGUCACAGAACAGUCAUAACAGAGUCACAGAGGAGACUAAAGGAGUCACAGCAGAUUCAGAGUCACAGAGGAUACUAAUGACAGAGUCAGAGUCUGAAAGGAAUUACAGAGGAGACUAA